AUGAGGGGUGAUGAGCACAAGCUGAAACACAGGAAAUUGCACUUGAACACAAGCAUGGAGGAACAGGGGAUGCAGGAGGAGUGGGGAAUCCAGCAGAGUAUCACACUGUCUCCUGGAAAAUCAGCAGGCGCACGUGGAACAGUAUUAAGAAAUGGCACAGAAACCUUCGAAGCCUGGGAAGAUCCUCCUCCACCAGUCUACAUGCAGUUCUACUUUUUUAAUGUGACAAAUCCUUUAGAAGUGCUUCAAGGAGCUACUCCUCUUGUGGAGGAAGUAGGGCCAUACACCUACCGAGAAUACAGACCAAGAGUGCAUGUUCAGUUUUUGGACAAUGGUACAAAAGUAUCUGCUCUGAAUCCAAAGACGUAUGUUUUUGAACCUGAGAAAUCAGUUGGAGACCCUGAAGUGGAUCUGAUUAGAACGAUUAAUAUUCCUGCAGUGACAGCAAUGGAGAUGACCAGGUCAACCGCUCUUCAAUUUGCCACGGAGGUGCUGCUCCUUCUCUACCAAGAAUCCCUGUUCACAGUGCGCAGUGUGCAUGAAUUACUGUGGGGCUACAAAGACAGGCUUCUGUCGACCAUUCAUCUCUUGCAUCCUGAGAUUGAUCCAGAAUUUGGCUUCUUUAAUAAGAUGAAUGGAACUGAUGAUGGAGAAUAUGUUUUCCUAAGUGGGGAAAGGAACUACCUUAACUUUUCAAGGAUUGUGGAAUGGAAAGGAGAAGAGUCAUUGAAUUGGUGGACAACAAAGACGUGUAACAUGAUCAACGGAACAGAUGGGACAUCCUUCCACCCAUUGAUUAGCAAAGAUGAAGACAUUUAUAUCUUUUCUUCUGAUUUUUGCAGAUCUUUCUAUCUGGUGUAUGAUAGCUCAGGAAGCGUUGCAGGGAUCCCAACCUACCGCUUUGUGCCCUCUCCCAAGGUGUUUGCCAACACUACCGUGAACCCGGACAACGCUGGAUUCUGCGUGCCGCCAGGAAACUGUCCUGGCACCGGCGUCCUCAAUGUCAGCAUCUGCAAACAAGGUGCUCCAAUAUUUCUAUCAGCUCCACAUUUUUAUCAAGCAGAUGAAAAAUUUGUUGAGGACAUAGAGGGCAUGCACCCAAGAAAGGAAUAUCAUGAGACAUUUGUGGACAUCAAUCCUCUGACAGGGCUGGUCCUGCGAGCAGCCAAGAGGAUGCAGAUCAAUGUUCACGUCAGAAAAUUACAUGAAUUUGUUGAAACAGGCAACAUCCGAACGCUGGUUUUCCCAGUAAUGUAUAUAAAUGAGAGUGUGCUGAUCGAUGAAACAUCUGCCAACAAACUCAAGCAUGUCCUGCUGGAAGCCAGUGUUGUAACUGGAAUCCCCUUCGUAAUCAUGGCUCUAGGAAUUGUUUUCGGGAUUGUUUUUAUUGUGCUUGUGUGCAGAUCCCGUGGCAUAAGCGAAGAGAGCACUGAAGAUGAAAGGGCUCCGCUCAUCAGGCCAUCCUAGUAGAUUUUCCGUAACACGUGAGCUUGGAGAAUAAACUUAGAGCUGACCUAAUACCAACUACCACUACCCAGCGUUGUCCACUGUGGAGGAACGAUCGUGUCAAGCAAAAAUUCUCGUGG